AUGGGCAAAUCCAAAACCCCCAGAAAAGCCCCCAACAACGCCUCGCAGGGGAGUCAGCGCACGAUAUCCAGCUUCUUUGCCCCGACGCAAUCCCCAGUAAAGGCCGGCGCCGACAAUUCACAUCCUACACCUACGAUAGGGAAGGCAAAGCCUAGCGAGGAGAAGGAGAAUGAGACCGCCGACCAAGAGGAGAACGAGAGAGAACUGGACUCCCCACCACUGACUCGCAGGAGGACAACCCGGAAACGAGUUCUCGAGGACGUCGAAGAUGCGGAGCAAGCGACGGAUGACGAUGACUACUACAGCAAGCCAGGGACUACCAGUAUUGCAACGAAGAAACUGAGAAGGAGCCCUCAACCGGCGGCAAAUCUAGAGCCAGAGGGGAAGAACCAGGAGACAAGAGAAAAGGCGCCAAACUUCUUAGCCCCGGCAGUGGCAUUCCAAACGAAGAAGGUGGCAGAUGCGGGAAAAACGCUCAAGUAUCUCUACAACCCUUUCGCGGAUGCCACAGACCUAGAUGGUGAACCUGUUGAUCCGACAACAAAGAGGAGGAGGGAGAAACUGCAUGAGAGAUUCGUACAGAAACUGGGGAAGCCGGGCUCUAUACUCGACACUUCUGGGGUAGAGGUGGAGGGAGAAGCGCCAGAGCAUGAUGCCGAGGAGCCAGAGGAUGAUGAACCAGGGCCGAUUGCUAAGAGAUUUGGGGGGGGCACAAAAGGGAAAGCUCCACCCAAGGGCGGCAAAAAGCUUACCCCGCUGGAACGACAGGUGGUCGAUAUCAAGAGGAAAAAUCCCGACACACUGCUGGUGGUCGAGGUGGGGUAUAAGUUCAGGUUUUUUGGUGAGGAUGCGAGGAUUGCGAGCCAGGUUUUGAGCAUAAUGUGUAUUCCGGGUAAGAUGCGAUUCGACGAGCACUUAUCAGAAGCACAUCUCGACAAAUUUGCCUCAGCCAGUAUCCCUACCCACCGUCUUCACGUCCAUGUAAAACGGCUGGUGACUGCUGGCCAUAAGGUUGGAGUGGUUCGUCAGGUGGAAACGGCAGCUCUCAAGGCGGCAGGAGAUAAUAGGAACGCGCCAUUUGAGAGAAAGUUGACCAACCUAUAUACUAAAGGCACAUACAUUGACGAUGUGGACGGGUUGGACGGCGAUCUGGCCGCAGGGGCCGGAAGUGGGGGAGCUGCGGGCACCGGGUUUAUGCUCUGUAUUACCGAGAAGCCCGGAGGCGGCACAGGCACGGAUGAGAGGGCGCACGUAGGGAUUGUCGCUGUGCAGCCCGCGACAGGGGACGUGAUAUAUGAUGAAUUCGAUGAUGGUUUUAUGAGAAGUGAAAUCGAGACCAGAUUAUUACAUAGUGAGAUACACACAAUAAUCCUAGGAGCCAAGUAUUAGAAUUGACCCAUUUUCGUUAGUCGCGCCUUGCGAAUUCCUUAUCGUUGGAGAAUUGACAAAAGCUACGGAAAAAUUGGUUUCUCAUCUAGCAGGUAGCACGUAAGUUCCCCAAUAUACGAGUGCUUCAUGCGAGCUUUGCGGGCUAACAUCAAGGCAGGACUACUGUUUUUGGAGACCAGAUACGUAUAGAGCGUGUGGAGCACAAGAGGGAUGCGAAAAUCUUAGCUCCAAGUCAUGUCACCAAAUUCUAUGCGGAUAAGCUUAAAUCAGCCGAUUCGCCAGAUGCCGCAGAGUCAAACAGUUUGUGACCCUUGUACGGCCUCAAUUGAAUAGAGAUAUGUACUGACUGCUGAGCAGGACUUCUAGAGCUUGUCAUGAAUCUACCAGAUCUUGUGACCAUCUGCCUCUCGGCGCUCAUAACCCAUCUCUCUAGCUAUGGGCUCGAACACAUCUUUGACCUUACAAAAUACUUCAAAUCCUUCAGCGCGAGGUCCCACAUGUUACUCAAUGGCAACACUUUAUCAAGUCUCGAGAUCUACCGCAAUCAGACUGAUUUUUCAACUAAGGGAAGCUUGUUCUGGACUUUGGAUCGGACAAAGACAAAAUUCGGGAAGAGGCAGCUCCGGAAGUGGGUCGGAAGGCCUUUGUUGCAUAAAGAGCGUCUAGAAGAAAGGAUAGAGGCUGUUGAAGAGAUCAAGAACGGGGAGAGUCCAAAGUUAGAGCCAUUGAAGGAUUUGCUCUCAAAAAUAUCCUAUGACCUAGAAAAAGGCCUCAUCCGGAUAUACUACGGAAAGGUCUGCCUCUUGCCUCAAAUGAUAUUGUGCUUGUCUAAACCCCUUGGAUAGUGCUCUCGCCCAGAACUUCUAUCGAUUCUGCAGACAUUAAACAGAAUAGCCAACACCUUUCCUCUUAUUGAGAAUCCCGAGGACGCGGGCUUCAAUUCUAAGAUCUUAAAUAGAGCUCUCGCGAACCUUCCUCUGAUUAAGGAAGAUGUGGAGGCCUACCUCGAUGUCUUCAAUCAUGCACAGGCAGCCAAAGAUGACAAGUAUGAUUUUUUCAAAGACGGUCAAAACUAUGAAGCCAUCGAUGAACAUAAAACAGUUUGUACCCCUUUCAUCACCAUGUGGCAAAGCUAAUCCACAUGCGUAACCAGGGGAUCGUUGGUGUUGAAUGUGACUUAGGAAAGCAUUUGAAUGCGAUUGAAACGACACUGAAGAGAAAGGUCACGUACGUCAGUGUGUCUGGCAUAGAGGUAUAGCAGAUUACACCCCGCAAACCCCACUAAUUUUUUUUAUCUUCUAACGACCCCAAGUAUCUUGUCGAAGUCUCAAAUGAGAAAAACGCCCUGAAAAGCGUGCCGGCAACUUGGGUCAAGAUGAGCGGGUAAGUUCAUGCACCCCGAUUGUUCCCAAUCCCCGCAACUAAAUAACCACCAGAACGAGGAAGGUUUCCCGGUUCCACACACCCGAAGUAACCAAUCUACUCCGCAAGCGUGACCAGCACAAGGAAUCGCUCGCUGUGGAAUGCAACCGGGCGUUUGCGGGGUUUCUCACCGAGAUCUCGACCAAAUACCAAAAAUUUCGUGACUGCGUCCAGUCACUCGCAACCCUGGAUUGCCUCAUUUCUCUUGCAGCCGUCGCCAACCAACCCGGCUACGUCAAGCCCGAGUUCACAGAGGAGCCAUGUAUAGAAGUGCGCGAAGGCCGACACCCAAUGGUGGAGCAGCUCCUCCUGGACGCCUACGUCCCGAACGACAUCCACCUCUUCUCAGACAAGCAGCGCGCAAUGAUCAUCACGGGGCCGAACAUGGGCGGCAAGUCCUCAUUCGUGCGCCAGGUGGCGCUGAUAGCCAUCAUGGCCCAAGUGGGCAGCUACGUCCCUGCCUCAAUGGCGAGGGUUGGCAUGCUGGACGCGGUGUUCACGCGGAUGGGCGCCUUCGAUAACAUGAUGGCGGGGGAGUCCACCUUCAUGGUGGAGCUGAGCGAGACCAGCGACAUCCUCAAGCAGGCCACCAACCGCAGCCUCGUGAUCCUCGAUGAGCUCGGCCGCGGAACCAGUACGCACGAUGGUGUCGCCAUCGCGAACGCCGUCCUCGACUACGCCAUCACCGAGCUCAAGAGUAUGUGUCUCUUCGUCACGCAUUACCCACUGCUCGCGCGGUUUGGCGAGCGGUAUCCGGAGAAUGCGACGAACGCGCACAUGAGAUUUGAAGAGGCUAACGGUAAUACCCCCCUGUUUUUCCAACCUAGAUUGAGUCAACCACUGACUGGUCAGCAAAGAUGGAAGUGAAAACAUCACAUUCCUAUAUCAAAUUGGUGAGGGCGUAGCCCAUAGAUCUUAUGGGUGAGUACCACCCCCCCCUUUUAUCCCGGAUAUCCAUGUACAAGAAAAGUGAACACAAUCCCUAACAAAACCCCAGUCUGAACGUUGCGAGACUAGCUGGCCUACCGCAACGCUGUAUAGAAGGUGAUUCCCACACCCCUUCCCCCAACCUCACCCCCUCCACUCCAGAGACUAACACCCAUCCAGUCGCAGCCGUAAAAUCCUCCCAAUUAGAGAAGGAACUUAAAGAACGGCAGACCACGAAAUGGUACCUUUUGUCCCCUCCUCUCCCUCUCCCUCUCCCCCUCCAUUUGCAUGCUCUAGCUUUGACGGCACGACUAACAAUACUAGGGCAAAAACCAUCCUCAGCGCUACCAAGGACGAAGAAGAUUUCGACCCCUUGCAGUUAUUAGCUUCUAUCGAGAACCUUUAA